GGGAAUCUCCGAGUCCUCAGCUUGGGGUAGUUUCUUGCCCACCUCGUAGACUUCUGUCUGGUUGGCAUCCACGAAUAGGCCAAUACAGGGCACGUUGGCUGAAAACUCUUUGAACUCGGGCACAGUGUACACACUGGUGAACUGGCUCUUCUUCAGCAUCAUGGUGAUGCCCUUAUUGCCAAGAAGAGCCAACCUGUAUCCUCUGGGGCACCUGGGAACAACACACACCAGCACAGAAUUUGAAAAGAAGACGGGAGAUGGUAUGUCCAAAAUGCUGGAUGACUACAUCCACCACAUAGCCAAGACUGGAGACACCAUCUUCCCCUGGCACCGCAUCAGACACUUCAUGCAGCACAUGCUGGAGACGGUAAUGAACGAAUUUUAUGAGACGUGCGGCAGUGCGGAGGAUGUGAGUGAGAACAGCAACGUGCCUCCCUUCUCCUUCUUCAACACACGGGACAAACUCCUGCACCACUUUGACACCUUCACAGGGGCCCCGUUUACGAUACAGAGGCUAUGCGAGAUAAUGGUCGACCCCACCAAACACUACCGCCGCACAGACAAGUUCCUGCGCGGCCUUGAGAAGAACGUGCUAGUGGUGUCCAGCAUUGAGCCAGGCAGCCGACAACGACGGACGGAGGACCCUCAACACACCCUGGUGAAUGGGCUGCAGGAGGGAGGGCUGCACAGCUCCCCCAUCCCCUCACUGCCCCACCAUCCCAAGAGAGUCCCUCACACACAGGCCACAAACUCUGUACUAAACAACACAAAUGACUCCUACAAUGCAGAAAUGAAUGACAGUGAAAACCAGGUGACUAUCUCAGAAGCCAAUGGUCCCAGUGGCCUUCACAGGGAGGAGCAGGCACUGGACAACUCCCUCUCAGACCCCUCAGAGCCCCCCAGUAAGAAGAUGAGGCUGGAGGAAGAGGAGGAGGAGGAGGAAGAAGAAGAAGAAGAGGAGGAAUCCUUUGAGGAAAGAGCUGUGGAGCCUCCCUCCAGGGAACUCCCUGAGGAGAAGGGAGGAGCUUGCAGUGAACAGGAUGAGGCCAAGCUGGAGGCGAUGGAAGUGGAGGAACAGAUGAGCAAAGAUGGUGAGGCCGAGGCUGAGGCAGAGGCAGAGGCAGAGGCCAAGAUGGAGACUGACGAAGCACAAGCUGCUGACACGCCGGGGGAGGAGGUGGGCAGGAGCCUGGCAGUGCCUCAGGAGGAGGAAGAGGAGGAGGAGGAAGAAGACCAGGAGGAGCAGGAGCAGGAGCAGGAGCAGGAGCAGGAGCAGGAUCAAGAGCAGGAGGAGCAGCAGGAGCAACCCCAGGAAGCUUCCAGCAACCCCACCACUGUAACAGACACUGCCGAGGGUGACAAGGUGCCGGAGAACCACGUGAAGGAGGAGGAGGAGGAGGAGCCUCAGGAGGAGGUGCUUCCCUCUGAGGCAUCCCCAGAGGUGUGUUCCUCAAACAGCCACCCAGCCAACUCUCCCCCCAAGGCUGAGGAGGCUGAGAGGGUGUUGGUGGUGUUCUCCUCCUCCUCAUCCUCCAGGUCUUGUGAGGAGGGCAGCCCAGACUCAGGAGAGGGGCCUGAGGAGGGCAGUGGAGAGCAGGAGGUGCCUGACAUGGCCAAGGAAAGAGAGAGCAGCUCAGAGGCAACAGCAGCUGAUGAAGAGAGCAGAAGUGAGUCUCCUAGUGGAGCAGAAGGCUCCAUACAAGCAGACGAGUCCAGCAGCAACAGUCACGAGGCUGACAGCACCUCCCAGACUCAUGGCAGUGGUGUGCUGACCCAAGCUGCCGACACUGCUGCUCGUGCCGAGGCAGAGGUGGACUCUGCUGUCCCAUCUUCACCUCCUGCACCAGAGGUGGACAACUCCACCGAGGCAACCACAGAAGCAGCAGUAGCAGCAGUGGAGAGUCCCACCCCCUCCAACAGUUCCUCAGAGUUCCCCACUUCAGAUGAUGCGGCAACAGCCGCUGCCCACACUACCUCAGAGACCCCCGCCCCCUCCACCUCAUCCACCACCACAACUGCCUCCAUCACCACCACUAGCACUACCACCACCACUACGACUACCACCACAACCACCAAUCACAAUAAAAACUGUGUCUCGGCAUCACCUGAUUCAGAGACGCCCGAGCCGGCCCCAGCUCCGGCCCCGGCCCCAGCCCCAGUCCCAGCCUCAUCCUCAGCCCAGACUCCAGCGCCAGACACAGACAGCAGUGCUGCGGCGGCCUCCUCCACCACCACCCUGCCCCAGUCGGCCUCCAGCAGGGGGGGUGAGCAGGAGGGCGCGGCAGCUCAGUCCUGCCACAAACAGACCCUAGCCAGUAUUAGUUGCUCAAGUUCACGCCAGAGUGAGCCCGACCACCAACCAACAGAGGAAGAAUAGUUCACUGAAUAAAGCAUUAGCAUAUUUUUAUAUACAUUUACUUUACACAGUCGUACCUGCCAUUUGGACACCUGUUCAACAGUUUUGCAUCCAAGAUUAUUUUGAAGUUCUAAGGUGAAAUAGCCUUACAGGUGACUGCCCAUCAUAACUUACAAAUUUCUCUAAUUUUUAAGACCACAGUAGGUAGUGGAAGUUUUAAUGUUUUAUAAUGCUGAUUAUUAUUCCCGACAUGUGAUAGAUUUUCAAGGAGUGCUGAUCUGAUCAUGCAAGUUCCAUUUUACAGGAGAGCCAGCAGGGGAAGGGAGUGGGUGAGGCAGGGAGCCGUGCCUGCUGCGGCGAGGUGAGGCGGGGCCGGGCCGGACUGGGGUGGGGAACGUGGCCUGUAAUGUGGCGUUGGUGUGGUAUGUGUUAUUCCAUUAGUAUUCACUAGACAACUGGAAAUGUACUUAGUUCUCUAGGUAGGUUUCUUUUUGAUAGAUCAUAACAUAAGAGAUGUAGCCUAUUACUGGGACUGGCAGAAGGUAGUUACAUUUUGCAUACUCAGAACACAACAGAGGCAGAUUUUACAUGAAACCAGGAACUUUGGAAUAUUUAUAUUUUUGUAUGUAUUGUAUAUAUCCUCCUCUCAGUUUCAUCUCCUUUAACAACGUGACACGAAAGUAAAAACUAGAUAUUUAUGGUGAGCCUUGAGCUCAGUGACUCCUUGAUGGUGAAUUAUUUAGUCUGACCUUGGUGCAGCACUGUUUCUCGGGCCCCGCUUGGGGGCAGCACUGUUGUAGGGUGUGGAGGGGUGGGAGAAGGGGUUCUCUUGCAAUAAUCUUUUGAGGGUAAGCUAUUGUAGAUCUUCUCUGAUGAAUGAAGCCCUGUAGAUAGUUUGGUAUAGGCAAGUACUCCUACACACCACCAGUCCUCAACAAUUGUAUACUUAUUCAAAAUUAAUUUAAACAACCCAUUUUAACUUUACUUCAGUGAAGUAGCCAUUUUCAAACUGUAUGCUGAAAUUAUUUAUUUUGUGCUGUGUUGGCUGGAUGGUGUAGAAAAUUGUGAAUUUUAAUCAUUUUUAUCAAAACCUUGGACAAUAUAUCCAUAUGGAUGAAGACAAAAAUCUUAGCAGCUUCUUAGUUGAGGCAAAAUUUUGAAAAAUUUUGCUGAUUUAUGAAAUGAAGCACUUUUACUUUGCCCCUUUCAUUGAGUGUUCCAGACACUCAUGGAGAGAUCUGCCGUGUCACUUGACCUUGCAGUGCAAUUUGCUAAACAUAGUACAACACGAUACAAGCAGUGCUCUCAAGUGUAUAAGGUGUGUCGUCUGGAGGCUGCCCGAGUGAGGGGUUGUGGAAGACGUGGGCUUCACCUGGCACAAGAGCACGCUGGUGUGGCCUUCACUUGCCAUGCCAGUGUGCUGUUGUCUACCUUGGUUCUUGUUAACCAGUGUAGUCAUUUUCUCCUACAACACAUAGUGUUUGGCAUAAUGCAUUUCAGCAGUGGGUGGACUCAGUAGUUGGCUUGGUGACACGUUGACGACGAACGAUAGGUUUUGUUAGAAAAUUAUUUGAUUUAUUUUCCAUCAGGAAUGUAUGUUUUAUAAAGAAAUGUCCAAUAAAAUUAAGCCUGUA